UUUCAGUGAUACCACCACGUAGAGUUCAUUGUCCUUGUCCCGUAUAUUUCUUUUUCUUUUUGAGCUGACCCGAUACAUUCUUUCACCAUGAGCGAUAGUGUGAAUUCAUCCCCGGAGAGACCAAAGGUUGAAUCAUCCAAGAUCAAACACGCUGGCAAGGCCAAGAAGAAAAGAAGUGUUCCGAACAUUGCGGAAGACAAGUCAGAUGAAGAAUUGGAUACGCAUCAAAGUAUUGGAAUUGGUGACCCCCAAGAAUCACCCCCGUCUGAACCGAAAGCUGCCCCAAAAAUAGUCGAGGUUCUUCUCCCUGGACCUUCGCCACCACAAUCCCCCCGCAAUUCCCAAGAAAGCCAGGUGCUUUCUGCAAAGCCUGUCAGCAAAGCCAAGGGAUCCCGUAGUCGUACCUCAUCAGUGGUAUCCUUGAACCGCCCCAUCCGCCAUGAGAGCCCCUCUGUCCUUUCUGUUCGUGCGAAAUCAUCAGAUAAGAGUUCCCCCUCAUCCAAAGCCAAGUGUCCUGAUACCCCUGAUGACGAUGCAGAUGAAACCUCGUCCAUUGCAGAAUCAUCUGCCGGAGGUCGAAUACGCCGGUCUGAAUCCGAGCGUAUUCAGUAUUUCAAAGACCAGUCACAAUGUGACGAUAUGGAGCCGCGCCGAGUCCAUUGCGCUCGAUGCGACAAAUGGAUCAACCUUGGUAAGAGACAGACGUAUGCUGUUCGUCCUUGGGAGAUCCAUCGACGGAGAUGUGACCCACGGUCCCCUGUUUCGAAGAAGAGCCACCGAGACGAGACCGAAGUGGAAAAACCCGAAGGAGACGUUUCGGUAUCAGAAUUGAGUCAGGAGAUUACUAAACAGUCUUCACCUCAGUCGGCUCGGCAGGAUGACGCCGAAAGGAAAGCUUUACUGGAAGAGGAUCCUCGUGCUCAAGAGGUCAAGCCUCACGAAAUUCUUUGUCGAUCCUGCCAGAAAUGGAUCAAGCUGUCGAUCGAUCAUGCCUAUGUUCUUGGAAAUUGGCACGCACAUCAACAACGAUGUUCAGGUGUCGUACCCAGCAGCCGAGUGGCUACCGCAGAGAGAAAAUAUAGUCUGCUGACUGACCCUCAAGCGAAGUCGUCCUCCGCUCGACAUGUCGAGUGUGCUUUUUGCAGGACAACUGUCGAGCUGGACGGCGUCGCUCAGUAUGAUUUGACCAAGUGGCACGAGCACAAAGCAAAGUGUUCUUCUCAUACUGUUCAACUCACUCCAAAGCCUCUUGGUUCUCGACUUUCGCGCGUUUUCCCUCCACCAUCUGGUCAGGCUAUCACUCAAACGCCUAUCAACGAGGUACACAAACCCCCUACAUCCUCGAGUUCAGCGCCUACAGACGUCAUAGCCAUCAAUGACAACCCCCCGUAUCGCAUUGGGGAGAAACGUGCCCGGGACGAAGAAGAUGCUGGAGAAGACCGUCCUAUGAAUCGUCCGAGAACCGUGGCCUACCAAGUGCCCGAGAAUGAGGCGCCAGGUCCGUGGGGUUGGUUUAUACAACCUCUCAAAGCUUUCGUGCGUGGUUUCCGUGAAGGUUUAGGCACUCCAUCUACGUAAAUGUUGGUACUAGUGUGUUGUGCGAGUUGUGUCGACUGUAUUGUACCCCGCUCUAUCUAUUGUGCUUUGUUUUCUUUAUAAUGCCAUUCAACUAUUCCCCUGGA